GUACAGUAUCAAUUCAAAUAGUUUUUAAGCUGGCUAAGACCCCAGGAGUUGUAUGACAGUGUGACUUGACACAGACUCCUGCCUCGCACAGUAGCAGGCUAGCCGUCUGAAAGAAAUGUAUGCGCGGACGUCUUUUCGAGAGCGCUUUGAGGCGGUGCUCGUCGUAGCCCUCUUGGUCCCUUUCUAUUUUCUGGGGCAGCUCGCACGAACGCACUGUGACCACUCUCAGACGCCCGCACCCAGCCUGCUAAUCACGCGCUUGGCCGGAGGCUGGCCCUGUGAUGCCAGCAACCUGACCAAGCUGGUCCUGGUACUUCGGAAUGUGCAUGUGUGUGUUUAUGACGAGCUCACACAGCGCGGAGCCCAAGCUUUUAUCAGUGCCAACUUUGCGUUUGCUUUUGGAAGAGCUCUGGCGGCCCAUUUCCUUCCGGCAAGAAUCUAUGAACAGGUUGUGGCACCGGCCGUGAUCUACUUCAGCCGCGUGUCUUCAGUGGCUGGAGUGCUUUUCAUGGGCCCAACUGCGGAACCGUCGUCAAUAUCAUUGAUGUUAUUCUCAGACCACAUCGCGACAGACUUCCUACAAGUGCUGCUAUUCGUGACCCUCCUCGGCACUUGGGUCGUGGACGCGCGCGUGGAGCUGGCUGCGGUCCUGCUCGAGGCAGCGUGCGCGCUCACCUGCCUGUCCUGGCACGGCGCCAAGGUGCCGGGCGGGUCGCCGCACCCGGCCGCGCUGCUGGCGGGGCGCGCGCUGGUGCCGCUGGUGAACCUCAGCCUGGCGUACGCGGCGGGAAGGUGGAGGCCGGGCGGACUGGGCACAGGCAGGCGAGGCGGCGGAAGCGCACUCGCCCUGGACAAGUGCAUCAGCAUGCGCGCCAGUGGCGCUGCAGGUGGCAGUAGCAGCAAGGGCAAGGGCAAGGGGGAGGACAUGGGAGCGGGCCCCGUGGAAGAGUGCGCAGGAGACGGCGAUAUGAGCCUGGGCCUAAGCCUGAUGCCGCCAGCGGAGCAGGGCGCAGCAGCCGGUACAGGCCAUGAUUGGAGCCGGCACAAGGUCAAGAGCGAGGCGGCAGUCUCCCACAAGGAUCGCGCCGACGGUGAUGAGGGGAUAUGCCUCGCGCUGACAGAGGAGGCUGACACCCACGGUGCUGCGGCGGCACCUGAAGGCAGCACCUGCACACGCACCCGCAGCAACACUGCGGAGUUGCAGCUGUUGUCGCUGCCGUCUGGGUUGCUGUUGCAAGGAGGCUCGACGUCAAAUACGGAGACUAUUGGUCAGCACACCCAGCCCUCGCAGGCGCAAUGCCAAUCCCUCCCAUGGGACGCCCAGUCACUAGGGGCUGGGGGAGAAGCGGCAGCGGCGGGAACGCACAGCUCUUCAGCCUGCGGCACCACGGAUGGAGUGCAUGCCGCAGUGGGUCCCCAGGCCGACAGCAGCACCAGCACCAGCAGCACCAGCACCAGCAGCAGGAGGCAGGCGCAAGGGCGGCCAUCGUACGCGCUGCUACGGGCGCCACCCUACCGCGCCUUUGUGCGGCACGUGACAACCUAUCACAAGAUCCCCUGGGCCGAGCCGGAGGACAUCACGCCGGGCUUUGAGGAGCGGCUGGCGGCGCUGUGUGCGGCACGCGGCCGGGUGCUGACGGGCGUAUACGUGCGCGCAGGCUGCAUUGAGCUGACGCUGACCCUGGUGCACCGUGCGGGUCGGUGCGGGGACGCAGCCGGCGCGCACGCUGACCCAGAUGCGGAAUUUUGCGCCAAGGAAGUUGUCGCCGCACUGGCCCUGAGCUUGCUCGCCAGCACCCCCAGAGCCCACCAUGCCAGCGGCGACCCCAGCGCUGCGGCCGACAAUGAGCGCGCCCACCCAGCUUUUGAUGUGGUGUCGGUGCAGCAGGAGUUGGUGGGCAGCGCGGCAGGCGAUGGCUCCCGCAGCCAGGCGCGUGUUGUGGCCGUGUCGCCAAGCGUGCUGCUGCUGACGCCUGCAGACGCGGCUGCCAACUCGGCUGCAGUCCUGCGCGUCCGUGUGGCUUUCGGUGGCAGCACUGGACCGGCCACAGCAUCCAACGUGGCGGUGCGCAACACGGGCGGCUAUCUGCAGACACGUGUGACAGCUCAGAAGCAGGGCGUGACCAAGUCCGGGUCUGAGGAGUGGGAGUAUGCUAUUGAGCUCCUGGAGGCGCCGCCGCACCCACAGCUGCUGACGGUGCAGCUCGCGUUCCCAGCAGCAGCGGCGGGGGCUGCGGCCGAAGUCAGCGCUGCCGCAGCCACUCCCAGCCCGUACGUGCAGUGGCUGUCGGUGCCGGUGCUCGCGGUGGACGACGCCGCGGUAGCCGCCGAGCUGAGCGCAGCACUGCAGCUGCUGCAGAUCUCUGAGGCAGGCGCGGAGGAGGGCGCGGCGGCGGAGUGGGCCCAUCCGCUGCUGUGCGACCUGGGUCUGUGGCUGGCGUCCGCCGCAGCCUCGGGCGCUGCCGGUUGCUCCGAGGCCGUGCGCCGCCUGCCUGCAGAGUGGGUGUCGGAGCUGGGCGCGUGCCUGCUUGCGUACACUGAGGGCGCGGGUCUGGUGGCCACCGCCGCCCGAAUCCGCGCGGACACACAGCGGCUAGCUGCCCUGCCAGCAGUCGCAGAGGCACAGCGCCUAGCGGCCCUGCCAGCAGACGUAGAGGCACAGCGGCUAGCUGCCCUGCCAGCAGUCGCAGAAGCAAGUGCAGCCAAGGAGAGCCCACGGGUGGCCGAUGAUGACGCAGCGGUCGACACGUGCCAACAUGCAGCAGCAAGCACCAGCGGCUCCGCUGCUGCUGCCAUGGCUUGGCAGGAGGCCAGCACCAAUGCAUUGCGCCAACGCUGCAAGGGCAGCAGUCGCGGCAAGUGCGCCAGCAAGGGCGCUGGAUGCAGCGGCAAGGAGGAGGAGAGCAGCAGCCGUGCUGGUGGCGGCAGCGACUGCAGCCCGGAUGGAUUGCAGCAGUACACACAGGCAUGGAUUGUGGCCAUGUGCUUCACCUGCCAAAUUGUGGAGUGCCUGGUGGCCCUGAGCUUCGCUGUGCGGGGCAUGAGGGCCGGACAGCCGCUGUGGAGUGCUGCGAGCGCCGUGGUCUACACGGGACUCGGCGUUGGGGUCGUGACAACGCUAGCCGGGCUGUGGAUGACGCCGCGAGCCUGGUCACGCCUGGCGCUGGCUGCUCGGCUGCCUCGCUUCCUAGGCUUUAUGAUUGGCAAGGCACUGGUCUCUUUCGGCGCGCUGCCGCCACCAGCCGGAGCUGAUACGUACGGGGGCGGCCCCGGCAUUCUGCUGCUCGAGGGCGUCAUCCUGCCCAGCGGCUGCCUUCUGCCGCCGCGCACUGCCCUGGCGAUGAGCUGCCUGAAGCUGCCACUCAACAUAAUGUCAGGGCUGGUUGUGGGCGCGUUUACGAACCUCUUGCCGGCGGUGCUGAUGGCGCUGGCAGUGGAGGCACUGGCGAUGGGCACCACCCUGGCAUGCCACGGCUACGUGCGCCGCCACUACAUGCGCCUGCGCUGGCAAUGAUUGUCCGCCGUGUGACACCAACACUGCAGUGCACGGCAGCCACUGUAUCCUAUAGGGGGACGUGCAUGUGCAUGAGGGGCGGGCCACUUACUGGUCAACGCUGUUACUGAUGGGGGGAUGCUUGCUACUGAUGUGCGCCCGGUUGCAGUGCUCCAUACUUGGCCAGCUCCUGCCGCGUGGAUGAUGUUGUACCUCGGUGAUCUGCUGUUGUUUCUCAUGCCAUGCUAUGAGCGGGCACUGUUCCUUAACGCUGCUGUCCAUGCCCGCUGCUAGGAUGUACUGAUACAAUUGCUGCUGAAUGUGAUAGCUGGUGACGCCGCGGCGGUGUUGGAAAGCAAGGGCGGAACCACAAAGCCGGCACGUAAAGGUCAAUGCGUUCGCCUUCGAUGUCGCUGCGGGCAUGAACGGUACGCACUUACGCACCGCAGAGCCAUGCAACGGUUAAGUUAACGACAUUAAGGGAUGAGCAUGAGCAUGAGCAUUUACAUGGGUUCGAGUCCAUGUGGCCCCACUACGGUAUUCCUUUGAGUCCGGGGGCGCAAUAAGUGAACAGGCAUAUGGCCUAGAUCAAGGGAUGCGUCAAGUUGGAUGCAUUAGCACGAAACAGUCGAGUGCAACAAUAUGGUUUACGUGAGGUCAUCAUGUGUAGCUGAUGAGCGGUUGUGUGCCAGGUGCCCGUGUCAUUUUACAGUGCCCUCCAUGGGUGCGACAUUGUGGUGGCACGCCGGGAAUGCAGAACGCGUAGUCGCGUUACUCACGUAUUCAUCCUUUUAACAUCGUUCGCA